AUGGGGGCGGGGCCUGUGAGGAGGCGGGGCCUGGCAAAGAGAGAGGAGGCGGGGCCUGGCACCCUGUUUAACCUGAUCCCGGUCGGGCUCCGCGUCGUCGCCAUCCAGGGCGCCCGCGCCGGGCGUUACGUGGCCAUGAACGGGGCCGGCGUCGUCUACGCCUCCGUGCACUUCACGCCCGAGUGCCGCUUCAAGGAGUGCGUGUUCGAGAACUACCACGUGCUCUACGCCUCGGCGCUCUACCGGCAGCGCCGCUCGGGCCGCGCCUGGUACCUGGGGCUGGACCGGCACGGGCGCCCCAUGGCCGGGCCCCGCGUCCGCAAGGACAAGGCGGCCGCGCACUUCCUGCCCCAGCUGCUCGAGGGUGAGGAA